CCACGCCUUCUCUUUUUUCUCUCUCGUUGUCCUUUCUCUGCUUUUUCUUCCUUCUCUCUCUGUUCCAUACCGACUUUCUCUGUACCCCACACUGAGUCCCUGUUUGCUUCUUUUUCUUCGCGUAUUUCACGACGAGAGUGACGGAGAGGGAGGUGAGGAGCGAAAAAGAAUGAUGGAAUGGGAUAAUCAGCCGCCGCAGCAGCAGCAACAGCAAGAAAAUCAAGCAAAUCAGAGAGACUGUCUUGGUGUUAACAUGAAUGCUAAUGUCAAUGGAAAUGGAGUAAUGUAUGUGAAGGUUAUGACAGAUGAACAAUUGGAAACUCUCAGGAAGCAAAUUGCUAUGUACGCCUCCAUCUGCGAACAGCUUGUUGAGAUGCACAAAAAUCUCACUGCUCAGCAAGAUCUUGCAGGAGGCAGGUUGGGAAAUCUGUAUUGUGACCCAUUGAUGACAUCUGGUGGGCACAAAAUGACUGCCAGACAGAGGUGGACUCCAACACCCAUACAGCUUCAGAUUCUGGAGCGAAUCUUUGAUCAAGGGAAUGGAACUCCAAGCAAGCAAAAGAUCAAAGACAUAACCUCUGAACUCAGCCAGCAUGGCCAAAUUUCUGAAACCAAUGUCUAUAACUGGUUCCAGAAUAGGCGGGCUAGAUCUAAACGGAAACAAUUGGUUGCGCCAUCCAACAAUGCAGAAUCAGAAGUAGAAACAGAAGUUGAGUCACCUAAUGAAAAGAAGACGAAGCCAGAGGAUCUUCACUCCCAACUGAAUUCAGGUCCAAGGGCUGAAGAUCUGUGCUUUCAGAGCCCUGAGAUAACAUCUGAAUUGCAUUUCUUGGGGGCUUUGACAAAUCCAAGAGAUGAUAGCCUGUACCAAAAGAUUAUACAGGGAAGCUUCAACUUCUAGGACCAUGCAGAAGACUGUGGCAUGGUAGGGUGGCACUCAUUUUGGCGCAGCAUUGUUUACCCAGAUUAGCGAAAUCAUCAUCGUGUGGAAGGUUGCUGAGCUAAAAAAACCAGAUUGUAUCAUCUGAUUUCGACUAAUCAUAUGAACAUAUUCCACACACAACAUACCAAAUGCUGAUGAUGCAAAUGAGACUGGUCAUAUAUAUGCCGGAGCAGAGAGUCAUAUCAGUGCUGCAUUAUAGUUUUGGAAUCAGCGUUUUUGAGUUUUUGCUAUAGUGUCUUGCUCUGUUAAUAGACUGAAUUUUUAUUGUGUGUAUGAAUGAGAACUGUUACUUGUUUUGACAUUGGCUGUGUGUUUGGAAUGAAAUUUUUAGUAAUUGCCAAUGAACAGAGUGUUGUCUGA